AAGUCACCGCGUGCCCUACCGCCAUGGUGGAAGUCUUCCAAAUCUUGGCAGGACUUUUGGGUCUCAUCGGAUCUCAAGGCGAUCGGAGUUUGUCGGUCUUCGCUCUGGACGUGUCGAAGCAGCUGCUGGGUUUGCUGACGCUUCAGCUGCUGGGCACCAGUGAGGCGCUGUCCCAGCUCUUGGCUGAGGCGACGGUGGGAGUUGGCUUUGAGUAUUUGCUCUUGCGAAGUUGCAGUCCGCUGAUCUUUGAACAGAUCGUGCAGAACAAGGACUUGCGCACGGGGGAGUACUUCGAAGGAGAAGAGUUGGAUCCUAUGAGGUAUUUGCACCAACUUUGGAUCUGGCUUCUGUGCGUGUGCACAUCGCAGUACGCAUUGACCUCCCUGCAAAUUCCAUCGCUUUUUGCGGCGCUGCAAUUUCUUUUGGCGCCCUUUGAUUGGAUCGAUCUUGAAGGCCCAGCGAUGCUGGCGCUGUGCUGCAUCUGCCAGGCCCUUCAGUUCCGCCUCACCGACGUGCUGGUCCUGCGCCGCGGGGGUUUGGCGCCCCCGCAGGCCGCGAAUCUGCUGCUGUGGGGUGUCUGUGCCACGGUGCAGGCACUGCUGAGAGCCGUCCAGGCGAUGUCGGAGGCCUCCGAGACGCCGCUGGCGGAACCUCUGCUGGAUGUGGAAGGCGGCGCUCCAGGCAGCCCCGGCAGCGCCCGAGCGGCCGUGGAGCGAAGGGCCAAGGAGCGGGAAGCGAAGCAGGCGAAGCUCAAGGCGCCACCCACCAGCACCGCUCCUCAGCUCCCACCUGUAUCUGCGACGCCUGCGCGACUCGACGCGGCGAGUCAAGUACCUCAGCGACGGGAUCGUAGCCCAUCUCCAAAGAAGCCCAAGUCAGGUGGGACUUGGACACGAGAUGCUGAGGGAAGGCAACGUGGAAAGGUGCCCAACGUGAAUGUGCAAGUGCAAAGCCUCAAAGGAAUGAUUGCGGAGCGAGACUCCGAUCUGAAAGAACUCCAUGAGAACUUGGACGAACUUCUGAAAGACUUCAGUGGGGUCGCUGGCUUGGAGGCCCUGAGUCCCUUGCCGUCCUUCAGCCCCACCGAGACGGUGACGUCGCCGCCGGGCGAUGCCUCGGGAAGGAGUUCGCCCAGCUUCCACAGUGAUCGUGGCUUUUCCGUGGGUUUCCCCGGUCCACCGGCAACGUGGGCUCCAUAUUCAUCGUGUCCAUCGAAUGGCUGGAUGCCGGACGCACGCCCGGUGAGCGUCUGGGGGAGUGUGCCGCGGAGCAGAGAGAGUCAGAACGCGGAAACUGGUGAGACCGAGAGCGAACAGCUUCAUCGACGCUCCAGUGGACAGCAUGAUCGACGCUCCAGACGUUACGAUGUGCUGGACAAGAAGAUCGAUUCGCUCCUCACGGCCCUGGGCGCCGCUCCCGCCGCUGCGCCACGGGACCCGGUGGCGCCGCAGGCGCCGCAGGCGCCGCAGGCGCCGGCGCCGCACUUCGGGGCCAGCGAGGUCCCAGCGGUCCCGGCUGCCCCGGUGGCGUCCAUCGACCACCGAAUCGAGGUCCUGCAGAACAAGAUGGACCAGCUAUUUCAAUUGCGAGAUCAGCAUGCAGUUCCGAAGUGAAAGUAGCAUGUGACAAGGGGCCGCAAGUGGCCGUCUCAUCCGGGGAUGGAAGAUGGACUUGCUGUUUGGUGUUGUUCUCUGUUCAGCGUAGUCGGCCCCAAACUUCAUUGUUUGACAAAGUUUUCACAAUCUCUGGUGCAAAAGUGUAGACAGAACUGCACAGGAAAAUAAAA